CCGUGGGCUAAGAGAGAUUUGGAAGAAGGGCACCUACAUUUCUGCACACUAGAUGGCGCUGUGUUCCCUGACUCGUGCCUUUAGUUCAUUGGCUGUCUCUUCACACAGAGUGGGCCCCCUUCUUUUCUCUCAGACAGUUCUUCCAUCAGUGCUGCCCUCUAGAGGCCUCCCCAGCACUGCCAGUGCCAGCCUCAGCAACAACAUCGCAUGGAAGAACAGAACCAAGUACACCAUCAACCCCAUCGGAAAGAAGAAAACUGGGGGCCGAGACCACACAGGCAGGCUACGGACACGUGGCAUCGGAGGGGGGCACAAGCAGCUUUAUCGCAUGGUUGAUUUUCAGAGGCUGAACUAUGAGCCCGGCCAGGAGAAUAAACCUUUCCAAGAGAAGGUGAUAGAAGUGCGGUAUGACCCCUGCAGAUCUGCAGACAUUGCACUGGUGGCGGGGGGGAAGAGAAAGCGCUGGAUCAUUGCCACAGAGAAUAUGCAGGAGGGGGACCUUCUAACCAGUUCUGGGCACAUAGGGCGUAUGGCAGUGUCUGCUAAAGAAGGAGAUGCCCACCCGCUUGGUGCUUUGCCUGUUGGGACCCUCAUCAGUAACCUGGAGUUCCAGCCUGGCAAGGGGGCCCAGUACAUUCGUGCUGCAGGGACAAGUGGUGUGCUGCUCAGGAAGGUGAAUGGAACGGCCAUUGUUCAGCUGCCCUCAAAGCGGCAAAUCCAGGUUAUGGAGACUUGCGUUGCUACAGUUGGCCGCGUAUCCAACAUUGACCACAAUAAGCGAAUAAUAGGGAAGGCGGGUCGGAACCGCUGGUUGGGGAUCAGACCCUCUAGUGGCUUAUGGAAAAGAAAAGGAGGCUGGGCCGGGCGCAAGAUCAAACCUCUGCCAGGCCUGAAAAGCUACAUACAGCUUCCCUCUGCCCUUCCUGCCCCCCGAUAACUUGUAUGCUCAAUUUGCUGGCUCCGGGUGACAUGUCUCCUACAGGGUAAGGUGAUGAAGAUGAUGAUAUCUGGCAGGGAGAAGCCCAGUAAAAUUAGGACGAAGAGCAAGAGGUCAACCCUGGCCGUUACAGAAUUGAGCUGUGGGCAUUUAUAUUACACUGAGGACUGAUAUAGCGCUUAAUAAAUAUCCUAUGAGUGAAA